CAUCACGGAUUCUUUGUAGAAAGGAAGAGGAGAGACGGAGAAUCCAAAUCUAAUCUCCGCUUCCUCGCGUCAUCGGCGUCGGCUCCGGCUCCGGCUCCGGCGAAACCCUAGGCUUCGCUGUACUUCCCCUCUGCCUUCCUCGUCUCGCGCUUCGACCAUGGAGAAGCGCGAUCAGCACAGCAAGGACCCCCCAGGGAAGGAGGCGGAGGGUGAAGACGACGAGUACGAUCUGGAGGAGUUCCGGCUGCCGAUGAGCCACCGGCCGACGGAGAACCUGGACACGGAGGGGCUGGAGCAGGCGUCCGUCGACACGCAGCUCAGCUCCUCCAACCUCGGCUUCAGGCUGCUGCAGAAGAUGGGGUGGAAGGGCAAGGGUCUCGGCAAGAACGAGCAAGGUAUACUAGAGCCAAUAAAAGCUGGCAUCAGGGACGCAAAAUUAGGUGUGGGGAAGCAGGAGCAAGAUGACUUCUUCACAUCCGAGGAGAAUGUGCAAAGAAAGAGAUUAAAUAUUGAACUUGAGGAGACUGAAGAGCAUAUAAAGAAGCGUGAGGUCACAGCAGAACGUGAGCAGAAAAUCCGCAGUGAGGUUAAGGAGAUACAGAAAGUGUUCUUUUGCAACCUCUGUAAUAAGCAAUACAAGCUGGCACAUGAAUUUGAGAGUCAUUUGAGCUCAUAUGACCAUAAUCAUCGGAAGAGAUUUAAGGAAAUGAGAGAAAUGCAAAGCAGCAGCAACGGCAACCGCGAUGACAGGCAGAAACGUGAGCAACAGCGAGAAGAGAAAGAACUGGCAAAAUUUGCCCAACUUGCAGAUGCUCACAGAAAGCAGCAGCAACAGAAGCAAGAACAGCCAGAGAUCUCAGGAGAGCAAGUUAUGACUAAGAAUUUGCCUACUCCAGGCAAUCAGGAUCAGCGUCGGACCUUGAAGUUUGGCUUUUCCAAAAUGGCCCCUUCGAAGGCUCCUGUUGGCCACAUCAGCAAGAAACCAAAGAUUGCUUCAAAAGUUCCAUCAGUCUUCGGAAAUGACAGUGAUGAGGAAACAUGAUCUUGCUUUGCCGAAACAUGAUACACAGGGUGAAAAUGUCUUCAGAAGAGAUUCCAGUGAAUUGAGCAGGAGAACAUGCCAUGUAUGUAAUGCUUUGCCAUGCUGCUGGUUUGACCAGAUGUGGAUAGUGGCAUCCUCGACUAUUCCAUGAACAAGCUGGAACUUAAACGUUGCAGCAUCUGUUGUCGUAACUUAAGAAAACAUUGUGAUAGCAUCUGAAUCUGUAUACCAUACCGGAUUUGGGAGUUGAGAAAACCCUUUGGGCACCUUUGUAUGAUCUUCGGUUGCUUUUUACUGAAACACCUUUGUAACCAGAGUUGACAUUGCAACUGGUGCUCUUGGGCAGCAUCAUGUAGGACCAAAUCUCAGGACCUCUAGCUGGUAGCAUCAGGGUAUGGGCAGUUAAGAAUCUGUCACUUAUUUAUGUUUCCCAGGGUAGGUUUGAAAUGAAUUGUUCUUUGCUCAA